AUGUCUCUUCAAGACAAAGUCAUCCUCAUCACCGGCGCCUCCAACGGCAUCGGCAAGGCUUGCGCCGAGCGCCUCUACAAAGAAGGCGCCCGGAUUGUCAUCAACUACCUCAGCGACGCCGCCUCAGCAAACGCCAUGGUCGAGUCCUUCGGCCCAGACCGCGCCAUUGCCGUCCAGGCUAACGCUGGCAACAUUGAUGAUCUGGGCCGCCUGGUCGACGCUGCCGUGGCCAAAUUCGGCCGUGUUGAUACGAUUGUGGCCAGUGCAGGCAUGAUGCCGAUGCGGGAUGUUGAGGACACCACUGAGGACGACUUCGCAAAGUGCUUCGACCUCAACGUCAAGGGCCCUUACUUCUUGGUCCAAAAGGCGCUUCCUCACAUGCCGCCUGGCUCGCGCAUCAUCUUCAUCUCUACGGGAAUCUGCCACUUUUCAUUUGCACCGGCCAAGUAUCUCCUCUACGCAGCAACAAAGGGCGCCAUCGAGCAGAUGACCCGUGUCAUGGCCAAGGGGCUGGCUGCCAAGGGCAUCGUCGUCAACGCCGUGGCUCCUGGACCAACGGGCACGGAUCUCUUCUACAAGGGCAAGCCCGAGGCUCUGGUGAAUUCUAUCAAGAGCUGGAGUCCCUUCAACCGACUGGGCGAGCCUGAGGAAAUCGCCAACACGAUCAAGUUUCUGGCCAGCGGCGAGAGCUCAUGGGUUGUGGGCCAGACGGUGCUGGUGAAUGGCGACGAGGCGAAGCCAAGCACAUACACAACCGUAACACCGCCAAACAACCCUCGCAUCAAAGAGAAACCAGGCACAACGAUGCCGUCACAACGUCCCUUCUUCCUCUCCUCCUUCUUCAACUCCUUCCGCCAACAAGCGCCCUCCCUCACCCAGCAAGCCAGCAAACACACCACUCAAGCUGCAUCUGCAUCUGCCGUCGCCUCCACAACUGCCGCCGCCGCCGCAGCUUCUUCGCCGGCCUCCACCGCUCGCGCAAUCUCCACAAACGCUGCUGCGACAUCAUCCACCAACGUCGCCAUCCACACGCCCCGUGGAUCUCCUGGCGGCGCCAUCCCCAUUCCUGGCGCACGCAGAAGAGGCAGCGAUAGCAGUAGUGAAGGCUUUCGCGAUGCCCUCGGCGCCGACAAGUGGUAUAUCGGCGGCAGGACAGCAGCUGGAGAGGAAAAGUUCUUCAAGCUGGGCGUGAUUCGACGAGUAAGGAGUAACGAUGGCCUGAGUCUCGAUCGUCUAAGUUUAUAGUUGAUAUCACAUCAACUAAUGAUUCGAGAUUCCCACAAGAAUGACUGGUUCUGGGAUUUAUUUUAUCAUCCUCUCCUUCUCACUUCUUCCUGCUUGGCCAUCAGCAAUGAGAAAAAACGUAUAUAUACAUGAUUAGAGCGACUUUUGGAAUUUGGGCAACAAGGCUGCAAAACAUCAAAACAACGCCAACGGGAAGGCAUUCAUUUGGGACUUAUGGUUUGGGAUUCGAGACAUGGGCGCGGCGUUUGGCUAUUGAGUUGGGAGUCUUUUGACGAAUGAAUUUUGGCAUUCGUAUUCUAUUUGAUCUAGCAUAAGAAGAAUGAGGCUGCUCAAGGACCUCUUGACAAAUACAACAUCUAUCUUAACGACGGUGUUUCACUUGAAAGACGUAAUUUUUUUUUCUUUUACCACAUGAACCGCUGUAGUCUUCCUUCGUCAAGGAUGCUUCCAUCUUCAGCCUUCCAAACAUAAGGCUUGGUGAGGAAUAUAUAUCCGGUGAUGAAGUUGAUUGCGAUGAACCAGACUGUCUCGAGGAUAAGCCUCACGUCGUAAGAGCGGCAAAAAUUCACAAAUCUACCCCAGGCGGAUGUUGGGGUAGCGCCAUCGAACAAACUAUUCGCUGCUGUCUGGUGAUCGUGCAAUCUCCAAGCGGGGACCAGGAGUCUCCAGACGACCCAGGGGAUGAUGAAGUAGCGAGGCUCGACGAGCGGUGCGGUGAUUAGCGAGAGGGUGGUGGCUAGGAGGAAGAUGAGUCCUGUGGACGUCGAUACAGGCUCUGUUGAGAAUAAGAGGGGGUCUUGAAUAUAUCUCUGCUGCAAUUCUUUCUGUGUCUGUGCUUGCGCGCCUUGAGAUUCACCGGUGGUGGUUUUGUGGGUGGCAUCUGCUACUACAAAUGGAU